UUGACAAGAUUUACAUUUUGUAAUAGAAACAAAAGAGCUAGGAGCUAGUGUUGACUUUAAACUGAUUUGCAUGUCAAAUAUUCUUUUAUGUCAGUGCCAUACUAUACACUAAGCCAUACUGUACAGUCCACAGAGCAGCAUCAGGAUGGAACGGGUGUGGGUGGUUGUCUUGUAUCUCUCAGGCUGGAAGAUCUCCACAUGCCUCCUGCAUCAGUACCACUUUGUUGCUAAUGAAAAGACUUGGGCUGAAGCUCAGGCCUACUGCAGAGAGACACACACGGACCUAGCCACCAUUAGAAACUCUGAAGAAAUGAACCAACUUAUCAGCACCGUGGAAUCUUUUGGCUACCACUCUGAGGUGUGGAUUGGCCUGUAUAGUACAAUUGACUGGAGGUGGUCCGACGGCUAUAGAAAGCGUGGAACUGAGUUCAGGAACUGGCAAAAUCGUACUGACAAUGAACCAGACUUUUACUCAGCGAAUCAGUUCUGUGUGUGUAUUGACAACAAUGGGUGGUGGGAUGAUGAUUGCAAGAAAGCCCUCCAAUUUAUCUGUUACAGAGGAACACAGCUGAAUCCUGAAUAUGUUGUUGUAAAUGAAAAAAUGAAUUGGUCCAGUGCUCAGAGGUACUGCAGGGAGAACUUUACAGACCUGGCCACUGUGAGGAACGACACUGAGAACCAGAAGGUCCAGAGUUUGGUGCCGAAUGGAUACUGGGCGUGGAUUGGUUUGUUCAGAGACCCUAACAUUUACUGGUCCGAUGGGAGUGGCUACUCAUUCAGCUACUGGUCCACAGGUUCAUUCGCUAUUGGCUCGACGAGGGCCUGUGGUCUUGCAGCUUUGCAGAGAACAGGGAAAUGGAUGACCAAGUCCUGUGAAACUAGAUUACCAUAUGUCUGCUACAGCGUCCCUCCGCCUGCACGAGUCAUAAGGCAGACAAUACAACUGAGAGUGAAGCCAGGGGACCCCUCUCUGGAGCUGAAUGACCUUGCUGUACAAGCAGACAUCCAGAAAAAGCUCCAGGGCAAGCUGAAGGUGGUGGGAAUGAGUGGAGUCACCCUGAAGUGGAAAGAACAGCCUGAUGGGAAAGUCUUCCACAAGGAGGGACAAAGUUCACAGAAGAAAUUCAAAAAGAAAACUGAGCUCUGAAAUUGAAUUGA